GGGGCAAAGUGGGGGGGUCGUCGGAGGAGACGGCGGCGGCGGGAGGAGGAGGAGAAGGAGCCGAAGGGCGGCCGGGAGCGCGGGCCGGGCACGCAGCCGCCGGCAUGUUGCAGAAUGUGAAUCCCCAGAGCAAGAUUCUGGGGGAGGGCAAUGCCGGGCUCAUGGGCCUGGCAACGGAGUCAACCCCCGGCAAACGGAUCCGCAAACCCUCGCUCCUCUACGAGGGCUUCGAGAGCCCCACCAUGGCGUCGGUGCCGGCCCUGCAAUCCCCCCAGGUGAACCCCCCUCCGCCGGAGGUUUCCAACCCCAAGAAGCCGGGGCGGGUCACCAACCAGCUGCAGUAUCUGCACAAAGUGGUGAUGAAGGCUCUGUGGAAGCAUCAGUUUGCUUGGCCCUUUCGUCAACCCGUCGACGCUGUCAAGCUGGGCCUGCCGGACUACCACAAGAUCAUCAAGCAGCCCAUGGACAUGGGGACAAUCAAGCGGCGCUUGGAGAACAACUAUUACUGGGGGGCUGCGGAGUGCAUGCAGGACUUCAACACCAUGUUCACCAACUGCUACAUCUACAACAAGCCCACAGAUGACAUUGUGCUGAUGGCCCAAACCCUAGAGAAGAUCUUCUUGCAGAAGGUGGCCCAGAUGCCACCGGAAGAGCAGGAGAUCGUGGUGCCAGUGGCCAAGAACAGCCAUAAGAAGGGAGCGUCCCGGGCAGCAGCGCUCCUGGCGGGACUGACGGCUGCUCAGCAAGUACCGGCUGUCUCCUCCGUGUCCCACACCGCUGUCUACACCCCGAGCCCUGACAUCCCCACCACCAUAGUCAACAUUCCCCACCCAUCCGUGAUCUCCGCUCCGCUCCUCAAGUCGCUGCACUCCACCGCCCCGGCCGUCCUGGCUGCGCCCGCUCCCACCCAGCCCGUGGCCAAGAAGAAGGGCGUGAAGCGGAAAGCGGACACCACCACCCCCACCACCACGGCCAUCAUCGCCACCAGCGGGGAGUCCUCACCCUCGGCCACCUUGCUGGAGGCCAAGGCGGCCAAAAUCCCUGCCCGCCGGGAAAGCGGUCGCCCCAUCAAACCCCCGAAAAAGGAUUUACCGGAUUCCCAGCAGCACCAGACUUCCAAGAAGGGCAAACUCUCGGAGCAGCUCAAAUACUGCAACGGGAUCCUCAAGGAGCUGCUCUCCAAGAAACACGCGGCCUACGCCUGGCCCUUCUACAAGCCCGUCGACGCCUCGGCCCUGGGGCUGCACGACUACCACGAGAUCAUCAAGCACCCCAUGGACCUCAGCACCAUCAAGCGGAAGAUGGAGAACCGGGAUUACCACGACGCCCAGGAAUUCGCUGCCGAUGUCCGGUUAAUGUUCUCCAACUGCUACAAGUACAACCCGCCCGACCAUGACGUGGUGGCCAUGGCCCGCAAGCUGCAGGACGUCUUUGAGUUCAGCUACGCCAAGAUGCCGGAUGAGCCGCAGGACGCCAGCCCCCCCUCGGUGUCGGCCCCGCUCGCCGGCGCCCUCUCCAAAUCCUCCUCCGAAGAAUCGUCCAGCGACGAGGAUGAGGACGAUGAGGACGAUGAAGACGACGAGGAGGAUGAGAGCAGCAGCGAGAGCUCGUCGGAGAGCGAGGAGAGCUCGGACUCGGAGGAGGAACGCGCCAACCGCCUGGCCGAGCUGCAGGAGCAGCUGCGGGCCGUGCACGAGCAGCUGGCUGCCCUCUCACAGGGCCCCGUUUCCAAACCUAAAAAGAAGCGCGAGAAGAAGAAAAAGAAGAAAUCGGAGAAGCACAAAGGCCGGGGAGGCGACGAGGAAGCCCGGGCGCGCCAGGCCCAGCUCCGUAAAGCCAAGAAAGCCGGUGGCGGCGGCGGCGGUGGUGGCAGCGGCGGCAGCUCCAAGAAUUCGAAGAAGGCGGCGAAAGCAGCGUUGCCGCCGCCGCCGGCGCUGUACGAUUCGGAGGAGGAGGAAGAAAGCAAACCCAUGACCUACGACGAGAAGAGGCAGUUGAGUUUGGAUAUCAACAAGCUGCCGGGCGAGAAGCUGGGCCGGGUGGUUCACAUCAUCCAGUCGCGGGAACCUUCCCUGCGCGAUUCCAACCCCGAGGAGAUCGAGAUCGAUUUCGAGACCCUCAAACCCUCCACGCUGCGGGAGCUGGAGCGUUACGUCCUCUCCUGCCUGCGGAAGAAACCCCGCAAGCCCUACAGCGAAACCAUGAAGAAGCCGGUGGGGAAGACGAAAGAGGAACUGGCGCUGGAGAAGAAGCGGGAGCUGGAGAAGCGGCUGCAGGACGUCAGCGGCCAACUCAACUCCACCAAGAAGCCCCCAAAGAAGGCCAGCGAAAAAGCGGAAUCUGCUCAGCAAGUGGCCGUCUCCCGCCUCAGCGCCUCCAGUUCCAGUUCGGAUUCCAGUAGCUCCAGUUCCAGUUCCUCCUCCUCGGACACCAGCGAUUCGGAUUCGGGAUAGGGGGGGGCGGGGGGGUCCCGGAGCCCCACAACGGCGGCAGCCGGGUGGAGCGCGGGCAGGUUCGGAAGAGGCUCUGCGGGACCGGACCCAGGUGAACCGGACUGAGGGCGCCCGCCCGGCAGGACGGGGGGCCGUGGGGGAGCCCCCCCACCCCGCCGCCUGAGCCCCCUACGGACUCUCGGGGCACAGGGGAAGAGGGGGGGGGACACCCCGGUGUUUACAGGUGGCGCUGGAGGCAGGGGGGGCCCUGGCUGUGGGGUUGGCCCCCCCUGCCCUCAUCCUCCCCAGCAGGUUUUACUGUUUGUUGUUUUAAGGGGUUGCGGGGGGGGGGUGGGGUGGGGUGAUUGGUUUUGGGGUGGUUGUUUCUUUUUGUUUUGUUUUGUUUUAUUAUUAAUUUUUUUUUUUUCUGACUUGUGGGAUUUUUUCCAAAGGGGAAAAGUUUGGGGUUUUUAAGAAAAAAAAAAAAAAAAAAAAAAAAAAAAAGAGAAGAAAAAAAUAAAAAACAAAAAACAAAAAGGGGGGGGGAGAAACAAACAAAAAAAUCUUUUAAAAAGGAGAAAAAAAAAAAAAAUCUCUUGGGGUGGGGGGGGAUGGGGAGUUGAGAGUCCCGAGUUUUGGGUUUGCUGGUGGGGGGGGGGGCCUUCCCUACCCCCCUCCACCCCCCCGGGGCGGAGCUGCCACCCUCCCCCUCCCCUCGUUUGUGGAGGAUUUUUAAUUUAUUUGCGCCGCGUGGUGCUGGUGGGGGGCCCCGGGACGCGCCUUGUACAUACCCCCCCCUGUCCGCCCCCCCUUCCCCCCCCCCGGCAGGCGAGCAGGGCAGCAUGUCCCCGCGUGGGGAAGGGGGGAGGGAGGGGCCGCCUGUUUUUUACGUUGACUGUAUAAUUUUUUUUUUUUCUACUUGUUUUAUUUUGUUUUGGGUUUGUUUUUUGGUUUUUUUUUUGUUGUUGGUUCCCCCCCCCCAUCCCCUUCCCCCCACCCCCCCACCUUAGACCCUUAGAGCCGUGUUUUCAUCUUAUUGUAUGUUUCGAACCUUUCGAUUCUUUAACAUGUAAAUAAAGAAAAUAUUAUUCGA